GGAGCGGGCAAGAAGAGUCUCGAGGAAGCAGCUCGGCGCGUUUAUUCGACUCUCGGAAGGCAAAAGCGCCGUUACGUGCAACGCACACACACGCACACACAGGACACCGGCGCCGACGUCGUCGCCCCUUUGGACAUCAACUCGUUCUACGGGACAGAGCCUGUGCGCAGUGCGUUUCUGCGGCGGCAUUGUUCCAAACAACCCCUCGACAGAGGCAGAGUAGCUUCCAGUGACGCCCAGGAACAGCCCGAAACACACACCCUCCGGCGUACUUUCGUCGCAGCACCAGCAGCAGUCAUGGCCCCGGUGUACGAUUUUCGCCACGUUGAAUUGGAUAAGAUUGGCCGCGGAAAGAGGGUGAUCAAGCCCCCUGGCGGCGACGACAGCGACAUUUUCGGCGUGCGCUCCCCGCAGCUGCAGUCGAGCGCCGAGCCCAGCACGCCGCGCAGGGUCAAGAACUACCAGCAGUCGUCCAUCUUCACGCCCUCCGAGGAGGACCUGACGCCGACGACGCCUUCCAGUGGCGCCAGCACGCCCACGCGGCGCCGCAUGAGCGACAACAGCCAGGAGCGCCUGUUCGGCUCGGAAGACGUGCCCACCCCACGGCGCGUCGUCGACCGCAUGAAGUCCAACAUAUUCAGCGAGCUCGACUCACCCGCGCCACAGGCCCCCGCCCCGGCAUCGGCCUCCAAGAAGUUCGGUGAGCUACCUUUGUCCCGCAACCCGAUCACAGGCGAUGUGUACCACGUCAAGCAAAAUGGCCACGGCGGCAUGAACGGGUACAGCAGCAACGGAUCCACUUCACCCGUGGACUCGCCGCCCAACGGCCACGUCCAGUACGCUCCCGGGGGCAGGCCGUCGGGAGGCUUCUGAAAAGGCUGCGCGUCUGCGGCGACGAACACAGCCUCCGAGCUUCUUUCCGCGCCUUCCUCUCAGCGACGUGCAGGCAGCGAGGGGGCCACAGUCGGUCGGCUGAUUAGCACCGCCAGCGUGUUCGAGCUUUGGCCAGUCUUCUUUAUUUUUUAUUUUUUUUGCCGUUCUUGGGCGCGGCGGGGUCUUUCAUGGGGACAGCUGAAAACUCUCGAAGAGCAUCGUCCGCUAUAAUACGCACGUCUAGCGUCUCUUUUCGCGGGGAUAUCAGGAUUAUUCUACUAUACGCCGUCACGCUACGAGGUUUUUUGCAGAAGCAGUCAAGUUGCGCCACCCGCACGUAGCCCGUGGGGUGGGCCGAGCAGUGUAUACGAGGCACGCUUUCUGUGUGUUUUGCUGUAGCAAAAAAACGUUCACUGAAAGUCCACUACCGAGCGUGUAUAUGCGUCGUUCAAUCCAAGGCGUGUUCCUGAGGAAAACGUGUAUAGCCUCGAGGCAACGAAAAAAACCAAAACAAAGCAAGCGGUGAAAUAAAAGCCGCGAUUCGAUACAACGCGCGAACGCGGCGCAAGCCCUGAUUGCCCACAGUUUUAACGGCGCCGGUGACAAGAUGAACGGGAAACUGGAGUACAAGGAAACGAACUCUAUUUUGUGUACAUAUAAAGUGGAGUGGUAGCGAAUGUGUGUCCACAGCAAAGUGGUGAGAAGUUUCAACGCGUUUUUUUUUUAACCGCCUUUGCUUCUCGACGCAAGCAGUAAAGGAAAAGGUGACAUGCGUGCUUUCUUAUAGUCUCGCCCAAAGCUAUGUAGUGUGGUCGUUUCAAAGUAGGCAUAGAGCUUCUUGUACUAAGAGAGAGCCGCGCGCAAGGUAUACUGUCUGUCCACUCCAUCCAUCUCACGCUUUUCUAUGCACUCCCGAGGUUCUCACUGCUCACGUGAAGUGUCGACGAUUGGUGGAGACCUCGGCAGUUCUGCCAUGUGUACACCAAACCUGUAUCGCAACUACUCCUCUAUGUCUAUUUUUUCGGCUCUGUCAUUCUUCUUAUUUUUAUUUUUUAAUCUUUUGAUUCGCUGCGCUCUCUCCUCUCAAAAUGAUGCCGCACAAGAGUAUGUGCUGUACUACGAUUUGUAUCUCGCAGUAUUUUUAAUAAAGUAUUGAAACGCA